AUGGCCCACCGACAAGUGGAAACCACGUCGGUUCACUCCUCGGCUUAUCACAGUGGUUGGAUCCGAAUAUCCGAAGAGGGUCCUUGGGAGGUGGUGGCACACAACAACAAUGGAACAGAAAAUGUUCUGCCCUGCACGUACUUGGAUCUUGCCACACAAAUCAACAUGCAAAAGUCAAGUGAACGAUCCAAAAAGUAUCCACGCUCUCUCUUACGAUGGAAUAAAGAUUGGCAUUUUAAUGAGAAUCUCAAUUUGCCUCCAGAGAAGGGUAUCCUGGUUUUAUUUGAAGCCAUGGCCAGUGAAGGAGUGGCAGUAGCAUUAUCUUCCCAACCAGGAUAUCAGCGUGGUGGAACUGUCGAAAUCACUUUUGGAGCCGUGGGAAACACCAAAGCUACCAUUCUAAAACGAAAUGCCCCCAAUAGCAAUCCAGCCGUAUCGCAAGUAUCCAGUCCUUGUCGUGUAUGCCAAGAGACCACCUGGACUUCCUUUUGGAUUGCAAGAUGGAAAGGAAAAACCUAUGCUGGAUUGGGCAAUGCACCUGGACAAAAAUGCCUGGCUGUCUUGGAUGAGGAAAAGAAAGACGAGGAUGCUACAAUAGAAGACAACGACGACGACAAGCCGUCGAAUGAAACCAGCGCAGACAACAACGAUACUAUCGAUGAGGACAAUGCUGCUGCCAAUGAAUCCACGCAACAAACCAAAAUUGGAGACAUUCGAUACGUGGGAUUGGCCAAUGCCGCACAACAAGGGCGCCCCGUCAAAAUUCGCAAUCUAUAUGUGACCCAAAUUCCCACCUUUGUGGCGGAUGUCUUGGAAAUCACCACGGAUUCCACCACCAUGGAUGUUCUCAUGGACGGUAGCCAACCACAACCAUCCUUGCAAGAACAGCAAGACAAUGACGAAGCUGCCUUCAAGGCAUAUCAAGAAGAAUGUCGCAAGGCAAAAGCCAGGGCAGAAAAGUUUGGAACUGCCUAUAAGGAACCGGACAUGGCAUCGGUAUUGCCAUGGAGUCAAACUCGAAAGUUUCGAGCCAAUCCACUCAAGGCACAGGGAUUCAUUACAGGAAUUGAUGUUACCGAUCCAGCCGAGUUGGCCAAGCAAGAAGCACGGAAAUCACGGUUUGGAGACAACACCAAAAAACGAGAACUGGAAGAGGAUGCAACGGAAGAGGCUGGUGGAGAGGAUCCACCAGCCAAAGACGCGGCAACAGGGACCAAAAUGGAGGAGAGCAACGACGAGGAUUCCAUCCCCAUUAUUCAGGCGUGGGACAAUGAAGAGUUGGUUCGAUUUCAAAGGGUGGACCCACCCGAAUCUUUGUGGGCCAAACCACCGGCAGAAACUGCGGAAAGCAAAGAGCCACCAGCAGAUGAAUUUGCCAUGGAAACUGACAAGCCUACGCUGACACCUGAAAAGAUUCAUAUUUUCAGUAUUGACUGGUCAGCGUUCAAACAGAUUCGAUCGGAGGAUCUGAUGGCUUAUUUUACAGUCUAUGGACCAUCCUAUGUGGAAUGGCUAGGCGACUUGGGAUGCAAUAUUCUGUUUGAAGAUAAAUUUUCAGCUGUUCGUGCGAUGCAAGCCAUGGCAGAAGAGAUCCCUUCUCCGCCACCGAGUGGACUCAAUGAGGAUGACGAGGAUUACGUGCCACCUGACUUUGGAGCCAUGGGAUGGAAACUGGGCAAGAACUUCGUUCGAAAGGUUAAGAACGACAGGUUUGGGAAACGUGGAACGAUAGCCCGUAUCCUGAUGCGUCCGGCAACUUCUUUGGAUAUUCUCGUCGAGCGACCAAAUACUUGGCCCGAUCCACCGCCUGGCUUUAGUACCAGGCGAAUUCUUGGGCCUGGCGAUGACUACAGGGUAGUCAAUGAAGACGAAGAGGACGACAAUCAGCACAAUAAUCGUCGAAAAAAACGUCGCAGGCGCAAUUCUGAUGGCGACAAUAGAAACUCCUACAACAACAAUAACAGCAACAACCACUCGUCCAACAACAAUAACGAUGGCGGUUCCAACCGCAAUAAGAAUGGUGCGACCGGGAAGCGACGACAGCGCGGCGAAGACUCGACUUCAUCGCAACCAUCGGCUAAAGACCGUUUGAAUCAAGGACUCUCAAGUGGAAGAGCCGGUUUUUCAGUCGAGGAGAUGGAAGCAUUGCGCGCAGCAAAGAAGAACACUGCGUCGAAAUAA